GAGGCAAAAUUUUCGGGGAUAGAAAUCGCCUGACUUGUUCAGAUUUUAUUUCGUCCCCACGUAAACUGCAUAAACUGCAUAAACGUGUUAACAAAAGAGAAGCAGUUCCACCUUCGAUUGCUCUCCUUCUGUAGCUGCCUACGCGAAGAGAAGUCCUUUCCCCCCCCAUUUCUACGUGUUUGCAAUUCACCUGUUAAGUGGGGCCACUCACAAAAAAGGUAUCAUCCGGGCAGUAAGGCAAAGUUCGUGUUUGGCCAGUACGCACAUUCCAGGUCAGGCCCACUCUGCUGGCACUUUGCUCAUUUGACGCCUCUGCCAUCCCAAAGGCAUAAAAAAAAAAGGAAACCAAAACGAAAGCAAACUUUGCGAAGAGCCCAAUGCAGGAAAACCCAAUCGUGCAGUACAUUUUGGUUAACAAGGAAAUUUUGGAUAAGAAAUGGCCGCUGGGGUCUGUCAUAGCCCAGGCAUGUCAUGCGUGCGUCGCCGUCAUUGCCGAAAAUCAGGAAGACCAAGUGGUGAAGGAGUACCUCUGCGCGGAAAAAAUAAACAACAUGCACAAGGUCAUCCUACGGAUCGAAGAUACAAAUGAAAUAAAAAAUCUUUCCAACAUUUUAGAGGGCGCAUCUUUGAAGUACAAAAUUUGGACGGAGUUCCCGGAAAACAUACAAACAGCUGUGGCGUUGAAGCCGUAUUAUAAGGACACGGUCAAGGAGUAUUUGAAGAAAUAUCCGUUGCUAAGGAAGUUGUGAUGUGUGAAGAGGACUUCUUCGGGGGAGACAUAUCCGAGUUGCGCUCCCCCCAAUACUUCUUUGAACGUGCUAACUGUGCAUUUUUUUUUUUUUUUUUUUCUUUUCUGCGACGGGAGAAACAACCUCGAAGGGUUGACUCCCAAUUGUGAAGAAUUUUGAAGUUUAUUCCAGCGAUGGUAAUGGCUUCUAGUGAAGCCUUAAAAAUUUGC